UUGUCCUGCGCUUUCAAUCUAUUCUUUCCCCUUCCUUCCCUCCUUCACCCUUCAGACCAAGUACUUUACAGCCUUUCAGCUCUCCACCAAGUUUCUCUUCUGCAAACAACUUUCCUACAUCGUGUCUCUUCACUACUCGAAACAAUGGUCACUUCAACAGCCUCUAACCUCGAGCGCGAGGACCACGCUCGCGAUGCUCAAUUCAACAAGGCACUGCACGGUACAAGUGCUCAGGCCACCGGUGGUCUUGCCGCCAUGUUCAGCAAAGGCCGUGAUGCGAAGCAGGCUGCCGUCGAUGAGUACUUCAAGCACUGGGACAACAAGGCCGCAAAGGACGAAACUCCCGAGGAGCGCGCAGCUCGUACAGCUGAAUAUGCGACCUUGACCAGACACUACUACAACCUGGCGACCGACCUGUACGAGUAUGGCUGGGGCCAGUCCUUCCACUUCUGCCGCUUCUCCCACGGCGAGCCCUUUUAUCAGGCAAUCGCUCGUCAUGAGCACUACCUUGCCCACCAGAUCGGAAUCAAGGAGGGCAUGAAGGUGCUUGACGUCGGAUGUGGUGUUGGCGGACCUGCGCGCGAAAUCGCAAAGUUCACCGGCUGCCACGUCACCGGUCUGAACAACAACGACUACCAAAUCGACAGAGCUACUCACUACGCUGCGAAGGAGGGCCUGUCGAAGCAGCUCGAGUUCGUCAAGGGAGACUUCAUGCAAAUGUCUUUCCCCGAUAACUCCUUUGAUGCUGUCUACGCCAUUGAGGCCACCGUCCACGCACCCAGUCUGGAGGGUAUUUACAGCGAGAUCUUCCGUGUUUUAAAGCCCGGUGGCGUCUUUGGUGUUUAUGAGUGGUUGAUGACGGACGAGUACGACAACGACAACCUGGCCCACCGUGAAAUCCGCUUGGGCAUCGAGCAGGGUGAUGGUAUUUCCAACAUGUGCAAGGUCUCUGAGGGUUUGGCCGCCAUGAAGACUGCCGGGUUCGAGAUGCUCCACCACGAGGAUCUUGCCGACAGGCCCGAUCCCAUGCCAUGGUACUGGCCCCUGUCAGGCGAGCUCAAGUACAUCCAGUCCGUCUUUGACAUCUUCACCAUUGUUCGCAUGACCAAGGUGGGACGAUUCCUCAUGCACAAUGUAGUUGGUGGACUCGAGGCUCUCAAGAUUGCCCCUGCCGGUACGAAGAAGACGGCCGACAGUCUGGCAUGGGCUGGCGACUGCCUUGUUGCUGGUGGCAAAGAGCACUUGUUCACGCCUAUGUACUUGAUGGUCGGAAAGAAGCCCGCCAACUAGACGUCGCUUUUGUACGCCUUGGAUGCAGAGAUGACGGCAUAGAUGGACACAACGGAAAAAGAUUAGAGGCCAUGACUUUUUCUACUCGCUGUAUGAGUGUUAUACCAGUACUUUAAUUGUAAUUAGGCAACUACAGCCAGACGGCUUUAACGACAAUUCACGGUUGGCCAUGAUAGAAAGGAAGCU